AUGGAGAACAUCAGCCUCCGGACGGGUUUGAAAGAAGGCCUGAGGCGGCGCAUGCCGGGACUCUCCAGGCCCCGGCAGCUGUCUGAGCCUGACCAGAGCCUGACCCUCUCCUGGUGGAAGAGGGUCCAGGUCCACACGGUCCGCUUCAGGUCCAAGCUCAGCGGCUUCAACCGGCUGCUGGCACCGGCUCGGCGGACUGGGAACGCCGAGCUGUCCCUAUCCCGAGGUGAGGAAGCACUGAAGACGUCCGCCGCCACCGCCGCCGCCGCCGCCGCCAUGGGCCCGCUCACACUCGCUCUGCUCGUCCUGUUACCCACGGUUUCGAGCCAACACGUUCCCGCAAACUGCGUGAUCCAGCGGGAGCAGGAGAAGUGCAUGGAGAUGAUGGCGCUGGAGUCUCCCGACUCCGAGUUCGACUGCCUGUGGUUCUGGGACAACCUGACGUGCUGGGAGCCGGCCCGGCUGGGCCAGGUCGUCUGGGUCAACUGUCCCGAGCUCUUCUCCCAGUUCAUCAGCGAGGAAGACUACGAAGUGGGGAAAGUGAGCCGGAACUGCACGGAGCUGGGCUGGUCGGAGACGUUCCCCCACUACGUGGAGGCGUGCCUGUACGAGGAGGGGAAUGCCAGCCACCCGGACAUGUACUACGUGUCGGUGAAGGCUCUGUACACGGUGGGCUACAGCACCUCUCUGGUCUCGCUCGCUAUCGCUAUGGUAAUCCUCUGCAGGUUCAGGAAGCUGCACUGCACCCGGAACUUCAUCCACAUGAACUUGUUCGUGUCCUUCAUCCUGCGGGCUGUGUCGGUCUUCAUCAAGGACGGCGUGCUGUACGCCAAGGAGGACAGCGAGCACUGCUUCAUACACACCGUGGAGUGCCGGGCGGUGAUGGUCUUCUUCCACUACUGCGUCCUCUCCAACUACUUCUGGCUCUUCAUCGAGGGCCUGUACCUCUUCACCCUGCUGGUGGAGACCUUCUUCCCCGAGAAGAGAUACUUCUACUGGUACAUCAUCGUCGGCUGGGGAGCGCCGACGCUGUGCGUGACCGUCUGGGCCGUGCUGAGGCUGCACUUCGACGACGCCGGCUGCUGGGACACCAACGACCACAGCGCCAUCUGGUGGGUGAUAAAGGGACCGGUGCUGGCGUCCAUCAUGGUGAAUUUCGUGCUCUUCGUCGGGAUCAUCAUCAUCCUGGUGCAGAAGCUGCAGUCUCCUGACAUCGGUGGGAAUGAGUCCAGUAUUUACCUGAGGCUGGCUCGCUCCACCCUGCUGCUCAUCCCUCUGUUCGGGAUCCACUACACCGUGUUCGCCUUCUCCCCCGAGAACGUCAGCAAGAGGGAGCGUCUGGUGUUCGAGCUGGGUCUGGGAUCCUUCCAGGGGUUCGUGGUCGCCGUCCUCUACUGCUUCCUGAACGGAGAGGUACAGUCGGAGAUCAAGAGGAAGUGGCGCAGCUGGACGGUGAACCGGUACUUCGCCGUGGACCUGAAGCACCGGCACCCGUCGCUGGCGAGCAGCGGCGUGAACGGCGGGACGCAGCUGUCCAUCCUCAGCAAGAGCAGCUCACAGAUCCGCAUGUCCAGCCUGCAGGCGGAGACCCCGGCCACUUGAA